GUCAACGCAAGCAAGCGGUUACGACUUUUUGUUUUUUCCCAAAUAUUUCGCCCUUCUUAUGUUGUGUUUUUCGUUAUUUAUGAAUUUUACGACUUAAUAAAGACUAUUAAAUGUUUUUCUCUUUAAAAAUACUUUUUGAAUGAAUAUGGAGUAUCAUUACUCUGAUCUUUGCAUACCUACUGAUCACCUUCUCACUGACCACUAUGCAGCAGAAUAUGCUCCACAAUACCUAGUGCCAAGUCAAGAAGCAGAGUAUGCUGUGCGAAGUAGUGUUCUGGUGGAUGGAGGGGACAGGUUCGGUGUCUCUGCUGUGGUGUUUGACAAAUAUGAGGAACUUAUGUGGAUGGGCAAUCAAGGGGGUCAUGUGACAUCCUACUAUGGUCCCACCAUGCAGAAGUACACAUCAUUCCAAGUACAUGAGAGUGAAGAAGUGAGGGACAUUAUCACAGUAGAACAAGGCAUUUAUGUUUUAACUAAAUCAAUACUUCGGCAUCAGAUUAGAAGGGGUAUUCCUAAACACACUUUUAGGUCUUCCAAUAUGACUGACAUGCAAUGCUUGUAUCAAGUGAGUCCUACAAAAUUGGUGAUGGGUGGACACCAAGAGAAGCUCCUUGAAUUGGAUCUCAAUAAAAUGGCGGAAACUGUUAUUGCGCGACAAGAGGAAGGGUGCGCGGUGGUGCGCAGCGGCGGCGGGUCGCUGGUCGCGUGCGGCGGGGCGGGCGGGCGUGUGGUGUUGCGCGACGUGCGCUGCGCCGCGCGGCCGCAACACACGCUGCGCGCGCACCAGGCCGCGCUCUCCGACCUCGACAUGCAGGGCGACCUGCUCAUCACCUGCGGCUUCACGCAGUCCGUGAACGGAGUAGCGGAAGCGGAGCCGUACGUGGUGGUAUGGGACGUGCGGUGCCUGCGCGGUAACAAGUCGGGCAGCGAGGGCGCGUGGUCGAUAUCCACGGCGUCGCCGCCUCUCCUCCUACACUUCCUACCAGCGUUCUCCGGCCGAGCCGUCGCUCUCUCCGGAGACGGCCACGUCGCGCUGCUGCACGUCAACGCCGGGGUUAAUGAGGAGCAGUCUGUUUUCCAGGUGGACACAAAUAAUUCCUUAUGUAGCGUAAUGGAUGUGUCGACUACUAGUCAAGCGCUAGCUUUUGGCGACCAAGCGGGUCACCUGCAUUUGUUUUCUCCCCAGCACAACCAUGAACCUGUCUUCAAUAAUUUCUCUAGGGCCACAGAGUUCGCAAACUCGGCUUCGGGUCUGCCAUGUGUCAGCAUGAGCGAUAACGCAUUCCAAUUCUCCUCCGUGCCGCUUCCCCCUCUCUCCUCCGGGGACAAGUGGUUCAAUGAACUGCCUAUUGAGUUUUUCAAGAAGGUUUUCAGGAAGCCAAAACCCAUUGAUCCUGAAGUUCUGAAAACUAUGAAAAUGCAAGGACCUAUAGGUUACGCGCCAAAUCCUAGAACUUUUAAACGAAACCAGAUGCCUUAUGUAGAAGAUACACUAGAAGAUUUGAACUCGCCCAAACAGAAUGACAAUAAAUAUACCGCGCAGCCUGUUCCGAAGCACUAUCAAAAGAUGGAUGUGCGAUAUAACAAACAUUCUCCUAACGAGGUGGAUGCGGAGAACUCGAAUAAAACUGGCUUCCCUGGGUUGGAAGCGACAUUGCCAAAUUCAUAUUGUAACGCUAUGCUGCAGGUUCUAUAUUACACAACGCCGGUAAAAGCAACGCUCUUGGCACAUACGUGCGCUAAAGAGUUCUGUCUCAGCUGUGAACUAGGAUUCUUGUUCAGAAUGCUAGACACGUCUGGCGGCGCGCCUUGCCAAGCGACAAACUUCUUACGUGCCUUCCGAACAGUUCCUGAGGCGGCGGCGUUAGGUCUAAUUCUGCCUGACCGAGGCCCCGAUGCGAGAGUCGAUUUGAUUGCUCUUAUACAGAGCUGGAACCGUUUUAUCCUCCACCAAAUCCACUACGAGAUACUGGAAACACGAAAGAAAGAAAAGGAACUAGCCUUGCUUACGAACUCGAGCCCACCGAAGCCUGUGAGGAUGAACCAUAACCACGUGAAGGGCAUGCCACCGAUGGUGAACGGUCAGUUUGACGGUUACCAGUACACGGAGUUGGAGUUCCUCGGGCCCACGACGGAGUUCGAUGGGCACGGAGAACUUGUUGACGGCAGGGAAGACGGAUGGCAGAACCAUGUGCAAGAAGAAGUUAUGGCAAAUAAACCGUUGGGUGCAGGCAGCGGCGGCGGCGAGGGCGACCAAGUUGUUGACAACCACGAGCUGUCGCACCAGCAGUCGGAGAGAGAAGAGUCUGAUAUCUCGCAGCUGUUCGCCAUCGGCCGACAUCAGCUCAACCGGUGCUUGAAGUGCAACAAAGAGGAAGAGCGCGAGUCCGUAGUGCUGGCGUGCGCGCUGCAGUACCCGGCGGCACGCGAGGCGACAGAGACGCGCGGCUUCGUGGAGCUGCUGCGGGCCUCGCUGGCCGCGCGCCGUAGCACACCCGCCUGGUGCGAGUGCUGCUCGCGGUUCACGCCCACCACGCAGCGGGGACGAAUCGUUAGAUUACCACCAAUUCUCGCCAUCAACUGUGGUGGAGUGACGGCGCACGAAAAAGCUUACUGGGCUAAGGGGACACAGAAAGAUGCACCGGAACCGUCGAAACGGGGAGGCAGCGGUAAACCUUGUCGAUACGGAUUGCACUGCGCGCGACCUGGCUGUCGCUUCAAGCAUCCUGAUAGGCCGAGUCCAACGCAAUCGACGUCCUCUAAAAGUCCAACUCACGAGUCACACUGCGUGCUGCCACAUCAGCUGGUGAUCAGGCUGCAGUCAGACGGUGACGUCAUCAUCAAUGAUAAGCAGAGCGAGCAAUCUCCGAUGCAUUCUCCGAAACAGGAUCCAAAUAAGAACAAGAAGAAACCAGUAACAAUGCAUUUGGAGGAGGAAUACACUCUAAGCGCGGCGGUGGUGUGUGUCGAGGAUAAUCCUAAAAACCUCGUGGCGUACAUACAGACUGACAGAGGGACAGAGCCGCAUUGGUACCUGUUCAAUGAUAUGACCAUCGUUCCGGUGAGUGCGGAGGAGGUGGUCCACUUCGGCGCGUGGUGGAAGACGCCUUGCGUGCUCUUCUACUCGGCGGGUUCGAGACUAGCAAACCACGAGCCGGACUCAUAGCCGAUGCUUAUGUAUGGGCCCUACAGCCAGUGCUGUGUGGGCCCAUACCAAGUAAACGAAGUGUACUACCACGUACCAGUAGAGGCGUACUACCUACGAUGACUCAAUAGCUCAAGCAAUAGUUCCAUGAUCCAAGGCAAAAGAGAACAAAUUAUUGAUGUGAUGUAGAUUAAGUUGGAAAUAAGCUCUUUAAUGUCCGUUGCGUCCAUGAAUUGAGAUUUAUGUAAUUGAAAUAGUUGAAUAUAUAGAUGAAUGAACUAACAGGUCACCCUGCCGGUGGGACAGGCUAGGUCACAGAAUAAAUAAAUAAAUAUAGCGCGAGUAUAGUUUAAUAAUAAAGUAUCAUGGUUGAAUUUUCAGUGGCCUUUAGACUGCAAGUGGGUAUUUUUGAACUAAUAUCUUCAUACCUAGCACAAAAGCGACUUCUCAGCGUACUUUGUUCCUUAUGCAAGCAAUAUGUAGGGCAUUCGGUCAAUUGAAAAGGCUACGUUCGACAAGGCAUUAUAUUUCCCAUAUGCCGUAUACAUACGAAAUUUUAUCGACCUUAGCAGUGGUAAUAUAAAAACUAAUUAUUGUUAACACGAAGUCUAUGCUGGAAAAUCUCAAGUUCGAGACAAUUUUUUCCUCGCUAGUCCGUGAUACGUGAGAAAAUUGAAUCGCCGUGUUAACUUAGCCUGAUUGUGUACCAAAAGGAGAGAUAAUACUACGAUUAGGAUGUGUUUCAUGGACAUAUCAUCAGUAGCUGCCUGCUUGCAGUAUGAAGGUUACAGUAAAUGUCCGCCGUAUACACGGUGCAUAGAGAAUAAUAUUUAAUUUUCUAAUGGUUCCUGAAAAGUUAUGCGAUAUUACGCAUUGAGACAGAGACUAUACCGCGAAUAUUUUUAUUACAAUUCCGUAUCACCUUUGUUUUGUGAAUACUUUCAAAUUGUUUAUCUUUGUCUUGUAUAUUCUUAACACUACUUAGAUGUUUUUUCUUAAACAUCACGAUCAGUAUUUGCGAUUCUCAUUUAAAUUAUUUUAUAAGUAAUGCGGUGGCUGGUUACAAGAAUAAAGAAAGUUAAAAUUGAUAA